AUGAGACGUUUGGAUAAACAUGGAGUGACUGAGAACUUUGACCCACAAUUGCCUGUGGACCCACGAUGUAACAGCGAAUAUGUUGAUGAUGAGCUGAUAAUGACCCCUGGAAAACAAUUUUGACCUCUGACCUCUUUAUGCCUUGACUCUGGUCGUCACGUCUAACAGUCAUGUGCCUCUUGUAUGUGUAUGUGUGUGACAGUGCAGCUGACGGAGAAUAUAGGUUGAUACUGGCCGACAACAGAGAUGAAUACUGGGACAGACCUACAAACCUGGCAGAGUUUUGGGGGCCCAGGGGAGAGUUCAUCAGUGGUGUUGAUAUGGAGCCAGGAAGGGAAGGGGGUACCUGGCUCGGUGUGUCAAAGGCGGGGAGGAUAGGAGUGCUUCUCAACAUCCUGGACAAACUAGAAAUGAACAUGCGUGGCAGAGGCGCACUAGUCACAGACUACCUGAAGGGAGAGCUAGAUAAUGACCAGUACAUCUCACAAAAGAUCCAGCCAAUCCACGUAGAGUUUAACUGCUUUAACCUGAUUCUCAUGGACCUCAGGUUCAACUUGUCUACUUGCAGAUCUAACUCCACGCCUUUCACCUACUACAACAACAAAACCAAUACAACAAAGUCUCUUCCCAACGGAGUGUAUAGCUUUGACAACUCUACGGUGGAUGAACCAUGGCAGAAGUCUGUUCAUGGCCGAGCGACCUUCACCAAGGCUGUCCACGAGCAUGGCAGGAAAAGGGACAAGGACCAGCUAGUCAAGUCACUCCUCCAAGUCCUGUGCGACCCCACUCGGUUUCCAGAUGACAGCCAGUUACUGAAGCAAGCUCUCAUAUGCGAUGUCCCAGAGGACAUUCGCCUUGAGAGGAGUGCAGCGUUCGUGUGGUCCCCCUCGAUCAGAUAUGGCACAAGAACCAACACCAUUGUACUUGUGGACAAGUUUGGAGAAUGCGAGUAUAUCGAACGGACAUUCAAAAUUCCAGUCGAUCCUGAAAACCUUGGCUGCCAAACAAAAUCAUACAAAUUUCAGAUGUGUUCUCAAAACAAACUUUAGUAUUGACAUAUAUAUCUGCAUGCCUAAACAUGUUGGUAUUUUUAUCAUUAUUUCUUGUAAAUUUCAUACUGAAAUUAAAAUAUUGUUUGA